AGGAAAACAAACGAAAAAAAGAAGAAAAGGUGUUUUCCAACCUUGCUGAAGUUCGAUGGGAGAGGGAGAAGGAGACUGGGAGAGGGAGAAGGAGACUGGGAGAGAGAUACGGAGGCUGAGAGCGGGAGAUGGAGACAGUGGAGAGGAAAGCUGCGAUUCUUUCCAGAAAUUUUGAAUGUAGAUAUCUUUCAUGAAGUCAGAGGAAGUGCAACAACAAGGAAAGUGGUAAAUGUUUACCUAAGUGAUCAGCUUGCAUGUCCCAAGCUUUGUAUUUCUAGCAAUGACAGUGUUCCAAGCAUUAACAUCUCUUUCAAGCCCUGUUAUUCUAUUGAACAGUCGCUUCAUUUGUUCUAUUAAUUGCCUAUAGAGGCAAUGGACAUAAUCUAGGGCCAAAAUGGUAGGGUAAACCCCAACUAGAUUGUUUAGCGGGAGCGCACAACAGAGACCGCUCACGAUCAUCUAGGCAUGAAUCUGUUUAAGCUACUCAAUGCCCAUCGAGUGUCCCCGUCACUGUAGAAGAAGACGGUAGCAUCUCACUUUGGGAAGCAAUGCCAUAUUCAGACAUUAUGGCAUGGAAAAGGUGGAAUAGGGUUGACGAGGAACGCAUAGUCGGGUUGUUGAGUUUGUGUAGGGACCUGCAACAACCGAAGCAGAUUCAUGCUCACCUUGUGACGAGUGGGCAAUCCCACAACAACUUCUUGCUCACCAAGCUCAUCCGAACCUUGGCAGAUUUUGGCAGCAUUGAGCACGCUCGUUGUCUUUUCAACAGGGUCGAUGGCCCUCCUAGUGUCUUCCUUUGGACAGCUAUGAUUAGGGGCUACUCUUCCUCCUCUAAUGAUUCAUUACUCAAACAAGCCCUGCUCUUGUAUUCCCAAAUGCACCGUUGCCUCAAUGCCGGAGACCGGCCUCUCAACUUCACCUUGUCAUCCGUUUUAAAGGCCUGUGCUGGCCUCUCUGCUUUGCACCAUGGGCUACAAGUGCACACUCACGUUGUCAAAUAUGGAUUCUAUUCUGAACCCCGUGUCCAAACCACACUCAUCCACUUUUACUCCAAGUGUGGGUGCAUCGAACAAAUGAAGCAAUUGUUCGAUAAAAUGAGUGGGCUUGGGAGAGAUGUUCAGGCUUGGAAUACUGUGAUUGCAGGAUAUACAAAGCUUGGGGACAUGCAAGCUGCUCGCUCCAUAUUUGACCAGAUGCCUGAGAAAAAUGUGUUCACGUGGGUGGAGAUGAUUACUGGCUAUGCCAAUUCCGGUCAGAUGGACUGCGCAUAUCAGCUUGUCGACACCCUCUUGCCUCCGGGAGAUAGAGAUGCUGUUGUAUGCACUGCCAUGAUUGCAGGCUAUGCCAAGUGCGGAGAUAUAUUAGCUGCACGCAUGAUGUUUGAUAAGAUGACAGUAAGGGAUGUGGCCUCAUGGAAUGCUAUGAUCACUGCCUACUCCCAGGCAGGCCUUUUUAGUGAGGCUCUACAUCUCUUCCAUUUGAUGCUAAAGACAACUGUAGGAAGCAAAAUGCAACCGAAUCGAACCACUAUGGCCACCAUAGUUUCUGCAUGCGCUCAAUUGGGUUCUGCUGAGCUGGCUCGAUGGAUCGAAGAUUACAUCAAUAGCCGCGGCCGUGGUCUGUUGAAUGUACACACUGUGACAGCUCUCAUAGACAUGCAUGCCAAAUGUGGGGACCCUGACAGGGCCUACGAGUUGUUUCAGAGUUGGAAGGACAAAGACGUGAUUUGCUAUAGCUCCAUGAUAGAGGGGUUUGGUGUCCAUGGGCGCGGAAAGGAGGCCCUCCGGAUCUUUCGUCAACUUCAAGAAGAGGGGUUAAAACCUGAUAGUAUUUGCUUCAUUGGCAUCUUAUCUGCCUGUAGCCAUGCGGGUCUGGUGGAUGAGGGUUGCCACUAUUUUGAGUCCAUGAGAAACGAGUACUUGAUCCCUCCAACUGCAGAUCACUACAUGUGCAUGGUUGACCUGCUUGGACGUUCUGGGCGCAUAGAGGAAGCAUACAGAAUCAUCACAACAAUGGUGCCUCCAGUCCAACCGCAUGCAGGUGUUUGGGGGGCCCUGCUGAAUGCAUGUAGAAUCCACUCAAACAGUAAGUUGGGAGAGAAAGCAGCUUGGCAUCUACUGGAGUUGGAACCAGAGAAUGCAGGGAACUAUGUGCUGCUUUCCAAUAUGUAUGCAAAGACUAGGAGGUGGGAGGAUGUUGCGAAGGUGAGGGCCCUUAUGAGGAAAUGUGGGAUGAGGAAGCCACCCGGCUGCAGCUGGAUCGAAGUGGAAGGCAACAUCCACAGAUUCUUGGUGGCUGAUGUUUGGGAUAUUCGAUUGGAAGAGAUGUUGGAGUUGUUGAGAUGGGAAUUGAAGACCCACAGCUACCUUCCAAGCGGCAAGCAUGUUAGACCAUAGGGAUUGGAAAGAGGUCCUUGAUUGACCUUUUCAUGUUACCUGCCUGCUCAUCCAUCAGUCCUUUCUAAAAUAUGCGAACUCUGUACCCAAGUUUGGUAGAUAAAAGGUCCCGCAUGGCGCGCAUCAUAGCCUUAUUUGCAUAGAAAUAGCACUAUCAGAUACCUUUCAUGAAGUCAAGAGGAAGUGUGGCAUGAGGAAAUAUUUCAAUGCUUUCUUGAGCAAGCAACUUGCAUGUCCCCGAGCUUUGUAUAUCCUGCAAUAACAAUAUUCCAAGCCUCAACAUCUCUCCCAGACCCCGGUCUUGCUAUCGUAUAGUCACUUCAUUUGUUCGAUGCACCCAAGCCUGGAGUAGGGGUGGAUGAGUGAGGUCUAGAUGCGGGGUUCGUAAUUGAAUUCAUAUCUAACUACGUGAGCAUGCACUUGUAGUCUAUGGCACAAGGUGCAGAGGCCAACGCAAGCCUUCAAGAUGGUCUCUGGCAUUGAGGCAAUGGUGCAUUUGGGAAUACAAGAGCAACGGUGCAUGAGUUAUCGUCGGAGUAGGAGCCUUUGAUCAUAGCUGUUCAAAGGAGGACACUGGGCAGGUCAUCUACCCUGUUGAAAAGAUAGCGAGCAUGUUCAAGGCUGGAGCAAAGGUUCGGAUGAGCAAGAAGUUGUAGGAUUGCCUGCUCAUUACAAGGGAAGAAGACCCAUUGGCUAUGCCCGCAAGGCAUUGGUGUUAUUUCGUGCCAUGUUGCUGGAGUCACGACCCACAGACACAACCAUGGUUGGGCUGGUCUCAGCUUGCUCCCACUUAGGUGUCUUG